UCGUUGCCAUUCGACCUCUGCGGGGCCUGCGCGGACGCACCGAGAACCCUGAAAUUCAUUAUGCGUUUAAAACCUUUAUUUAUUUCCGCAUAACCUUCAUACUGUCACCGGGAGGGCCAGGCGGAGAAAAGAAACGACGGCGGUCGAUCUCUUUCGGGACAAUUCAUCGCUUGUAAAUAGAUUUUUUUGUUUGUUUCAGUCGGAAAGGAGAGACUGUUGAGAAAGUGAAGAUUGUGAUAUUUAUACGUAACGAGAAGAAAAAAAUGUCCGGUGAGAGAAACCGCAGAUCGCUGGCUUUCCGGGGAGGUGGAUUAGCUGGGUUAACGGGCUCCAGCGGCAUCGGAGGGGGGAACUAUAACAGCUGGGAGGCCCCGGCCUGUCAAGACCGACAUUUUAAUGGGAAUAAUAGGCCGGAUCAAGAGGAGGACGGGGAUCUGGGAGCGAAAGGACCGUCGCAGAAGAGAGUGGAGGGCGCCGGGUCCGUCAGCGACAGCACGGAGCCCGACGCGGAGGAGGAAGAAGACCCGGAAGGGGGCAUUUGGGCAAGUGGGGACGGCGAAGGAGGCGACGACGGGAUCGGAGAGGGGAGUAGCUGGACGGCGGGGAACGAUCCCAACAACAGCAGCAGCAACGAAGACGGCCAGGGGUCUCGGAGCGCUGCGAGGGGCGGCGAGACGGGCUCCAGGAAGUCGGGGGUCGAGAUGAGACCGCAGACGCUGCUUCAGAAACACUCACUGUUCCACGCUUCGUGGCUGCAAGAGUUUCCGUGGCUCAAAUUUUGCCAAGAGACGGGACUCAUGUCUUGUUCGUGGUGUCACAACAUUGCCACUAAAAACAGCGACGAGCUCGUCAAAGGCAGCCGGAACUACAAGCGGGCCUUGCUGCUGAGACAUCACCUGUCGUCUGAGCACGGCAGAAACGACCCCACCAAACAGGAGACUGUGCGACCCUCAGAGAACACCAGCCCCUCUACUAACUGCUUGGAGGAUGAUUACCGCAACAAACCCAAUGAAAACUCCUACUGUUACCAGCUUCUACAGGAGCUGGACAAACAGCGCAAAAGUGGCAUCCUCUGUGACGUGAACAUAGUUGUCUCAGGCCAGGUGUUCCGCGCACACAAGAACAUCCUGGUGGCAGGCAGCCGCUACUUCAAAACCCUCUACUGUUUGACCAAGAGCGAGGCCCAGGACCAAGCCACUGUCACACACCUGGAUGUCGCUGCCGUGCAGGGCUUCUCUGUUAUCCUUGACUUUCUCUACUCUGGAAAUCUGCUGCUCACAAGCCAAAAUGCCAUUGAGGUGAUGACUGUUGCUAGCUACCUCCAAAUGACAGAGGUUGUUCACUCGUGUAGGGCUUUUAUAAAGGACGCCCUUAAUAUCAGCAGUAAGCAAGAAGCUCCAGAUUCAGUGGUGGUAGACUACAACCAGAGGCAAACCGUAGCUAAAGAGGGACAGAGAGGGCUGGACCGAAAACCCAGCAACUUCUGGGCCACGAGCAUCCUGUCAAAAUUGUCUAUCAAGGCGAGCAGCAACCAAGGAAAAGAUGCAGCGGAGGAGGAUGACAUUAAUGGCAGGGUAAAGGAGGAGACUAAUGACAUAGAGGUGACGGUGGUUGGGGGUGAGGGCUGUGCCCUGGUGACCCCUGGAGCCUCUGGUAGCUGGAGCCACCACAACGACACCUCAUCCGAUUCAGCAGAGACCAAUGAAACCCGGACGGCGAGUGGCCAGACGCAGGUCUUCGUUUGGAACGAGCCAACCACAGGCGGCACUGCUGCAGCGCCGGCAGCGAUGAAGCGAGAAGCGCCCGACCCCGCAGGUGGAAGCGGGCGGAGGAAAAAACAGACGACCACGAGGCGUUUUGUGUACAACUUCCAGCCUGAGCCAGAAGAGGGAUUCGAUGAAGGAAUGUUCAUCCAGCCGUCAGCCUCCUACCCCAGAGAGGACUUCUCUGCCCUCUCAGAAAAUGCUGAGCUGGCCAAUCAGAUCCAGUAUAGCAUCAUCCAAGACUUACAGCAAGGAGAGUCCUGGGAGAAUGGUGAGUCCUCACACCUAGCUCUCAACAAGCUCAAGUGCCCCCACUGUAACUACAUCGCCAAGCACCGGCGCACACUCAAGAGGCACCUGAUCAUCCACUCAGGUGUGCGCUCCUUCAGCUGCGACAUCUGUGGCAAACUGUUCACCCGCCGUGAGCACGUGAAGAGACAUUCCCUGGUGCACAAGAAAGACAAAAAAUACAAAUGCAUGGUGUGCAAGAACAUCUUCAUGCUCGCCGCCAGCGUCGGCAUCCGCCACGGCUCACGGCGCUACGGCGUGUGCGCCGACUGCGCCGACUCGCACCAGGCCACCCAGGAGGGCCUGGAGGGCCUGGAGUUUCCCCGCGACGAAGACUUCGACGGGGAAGAAGGGGAAGACGCGGAGGGGGAGGAGCCCACCGACAACGACCAAUCAAACUGGGGCGAGGGCAACGCUGGUGCUGCCCCUGAGGAGGACUGAAAACUAUAAACAAGCUUGAGAAACAAACUAAAGUUGAUGUUUAAUAUAUAUAAAUAUGUACACAAAAAUAAACUAGCUGGUAAACAAUCAACUCCAAAGUGCUAUCAAACCUUGAGGUUACUUAAUUGUGCAACUUCAUGACAAAGAAAUGAUUUUUUGUUUGUUUUUCCUUUUCUAAGCUUUGAUAGAGUGGGAACUCCAAGAUGUACAGAUUUGUUAUUAUUAUUAUUAUUAAUAUUAUUAUUAAAAUGUGUCCAACUGUGGGUCCAGCACCUACAAGAGAAUGAUUCUAUUGACGAAUUCUAUGAUAAAUCAGGUUUUUUUUUUUUUGUUUUGGUGAUGUGUUUUUAUUUCCUGUUUGUUUAUUUUGGGGGCGUGAGUUGGGCACGGUGAUGUAAUUUUUGAGUUAAGGUAGGCCAAUCAUCGAAACAAAGAAAUGUUAAUUAUUUAAUUUAUGAAGAGAGGUUAUAAUGGUCUUAUUAAAUGCUAAUAAUUUGUUUKUUUUUUCUGUGUGUGUGUGUGCGAGCCGAGGCGGAGUUGACGUCCUCAGCUUGUCGAUGUGUUUGUCGCUCGGUGCUUUUAGAAAACACAGAAGAAGAGCGUUAGAGUCCGCAGGAAGAUUUAAACUCGCUUCGUAGAUCUAGAUGUGCUAAAUGUUUUUAUUUCUCUUUUUUCUUUUCUCUUUCCCUGCACAAAUCUUGGAACCAAAAAAAAUCUGUUUUGUGACUCUGAUGUAUCGCAGCCAUAUUUAUGAUUUAACUUAAAAGUGCUGUGAUAUUGUGCCAAACAGACCGCACACCAAGAUUUAGCAGGAAACAAGAACUACUGAACAUACUUUAAAAAAGAAAAAAAAAGAGCAUCGGGUUUGUUGUUAAACGCGUGGGGAAGAAAAUAUUUUAAAAAAGAGAAUGAAAGAGGGGAAAUGUUAUCGCUAGCUUUAUACAAAUCACGGCGUCACAGUAACACUUUAUUAUUAUUAUUAUUAUGAAACAAAAGCAUUUGACUUUCACUUAAAGCUUGAAUUUUGCCAAAUGAUGAACCGUUUGGUGCUGUAAUGCUUGUUGCAGAAUACUGGACCUACAGGCUAUAUGUUUAUAAUCAUAAAGCUUAAACUGACUCAGUUAUGCAGAAUAUAAUCAGCUUAAACUAUAGAACACUGUUGUGCUUCGGCGACUAUCAGGUAUGCUUUUGCCAUAGUUUAUUUUUGUGUUUAUUUUUGAGCUUUUUAAUUUUUAACGCGCACACACUCACACAUACCAUUUUUAUUUAAUUAUUUUAUUUUUUUUGUGGAACCAGUACUUUGUAAUUUCGAGGCCCUAAACGGACGUCGAUACCUGUAUGUUUUAUAUUUGGUACUGAGGUUUAAAGUAAAUAUAUUUUGAAUCACUUGAACAUUAGUUGUGAGGUGGGGGGAGGGGAGGGGGCAGGGGUAGAGAUGUGCGAAAAUCAUGAUGUGCGACGUUUUAAGUCUGAAAGAACUCCAUGUGUAAAGGAUAUACAAAAAAAUGUCAUCACUUUAAUUUUUUUUCUUCAUGUGUGUAUUAUUACUAUUAUUAUUAUAUAUUUUUUAGGUCUGCCAGGUAGAAAACACUUUGGUCCACAAAAAGUGAAGCUCUAUGGCGCCUCGUAGACAUGCACUUACUUUUGCGUUGUUUUUUCUUUUUGUGUUUCACCCAAAAGCGGGUCUGAAUGGAACUAUAUAUAUCUAUAUAUAUUAAGAAAAAAUGUUUUUCUUCCAGUGCGCAACCUUUUUUUUAUUAUUAGAUGUUCUUUUGUUAUUUAAUAUUAUAUAUAUAUAGACUCCAAAAUGCAAUCAAGACUGUUAAUUUCUAUUUGUCCAACCAAAAUUGUUUUUUUUAAUUAUUGUUGAAACAUAAUGUAUGCGAAAAAGCCAGGUUGAAUACUUGCUUAGUGUAGAGAAUCCUUGCUCGUGUCUGUAAUUGUUGAGAUUUUUUAAGAAAAAUGUUUUUAUGCUAUGGAAUCAUUCACUUUACCCUCCAAACAUGAUGAUUUUGUUAAAAAAAAUUUUUUUGGGGUUCUUUUCCACAAUCUUGUCCUGUUUUCUUUCCCGCCCUUUUUUUUUUCUUUUAUUUUCUUUUUUCAUUCAGCACAUGUUUUGUAAAGAAACACAGAUUGUUUGCGGGUUAAAACCUUGGAGCAGCACUAUCUGUUCGUAUGCAGUGAAUAUACAGUAUGUACUGAAGUGCUAAUGAUACCGAAGACGUGUAACUUCCUUUUUAAGCUCAGUGGAAGAAAAUAUAUUUUAAAUCAUAGAGAUAUUCAUCCUCUUUGUGUCACUUUUACCCUUGAAUCACUGUGGGAGAGGUUAUGUUGCGGAUAUAUAUAUAUAUAUAUGUGGAGAAUAUAUGAGAUAAAUAUAUAUAUAUAUGAAGAAUAUAUUAUAGUGGAUUUACUUAAUGGAACACACUGAGUCGGCCACAAACCACCUCCUGUGGUGGUUUAUUUCCGUGACCUUUAACCUUGCUCUUUAUCCGUUCACGCUGUGUGCUCGUUCAUCUUACCAUCUCGUCAUGUUUGUCCUUGUAUUUUAUUUGAUACCAUCCUACUGAUUUUACUGUAACGAAUGAAACUCGAAGCUACGAUGUAUCGUCACAGAGUUUAUGCUGUAUUUGUUAUACGGACAAACAGAAGAAAAAAACACCGUUUAAAGAAAAUGGAGAAAAAAAAAGACAAAAGCAAAAACACUACAGAUGUAAUAAAGGAGAGGUUUUUUUCUUCCCAGCUGUAUUUUUUUACGCUGUUGCAAAAAAAAGAAGGUUGUAUUUUUCAACGUUUUCUCUCGAACUUUAACAGUGAUGCAAAGCUCGGGCCGCGCCUCAGCGCCCCUUCCGAACACAGAAGCAAAUUCAGGUUACUCUUUUUACGUUUUUAUCAAAAGGUUUUCAAAGAUGGAACUACAUUUUCCUUUUUUUUCUGUCUGAAUUGUACUACUGUUCCUCUCUAAACUACAUUUUACAAAUAAAACUUUGAUAUUGCUUUAA